AUGGCGGAGUCUCCCAAACCUCUUGCAGCGGGCAUGAGGAAGUCCUGGCAUGAGGACAUCACCCAGGACCUGCGCAACCACCUCGUCCAUAAGCUUGUGCAGGCCAUCUUCCCCACCCCGGACCCGGCUGCGCUGAAGGACCGGCGCAUGGAGAACCUGGCGGCCUACGCCAGGAAGGUGGAGGGGGACAUGUACGAGUCAGCCAACAGCAGGCCGAGAAGAUCUAUAAGAUCCAGAAUGAGCUGGAGGAGAAGAGGAGGACUCGGCUGCAGAAGCAGGACAUGAGUUGAUCAGACCCAGCUUGGAUGUUUGAUCAUUUCCUGAUGAUUACCUGUUUGAGUGUUACCGUUUUUCUGCACAAAACGGAUCAUUCAUUUGAACACUUUUCUCAGCCCUUAUAUUGUUCAUGACACAUCAUGGACAUGCUCUCAGUUUGGAACAAGUUCUUUAUGUUGCACUUAGUUUUCCCAUUUGUCAAUGGGAGUUUUUUUUACAUAACAUCGGUGACACUGGGCAUAUUUCCAAGGCAACCGUCUGUCGUGCUGUCAGAAAUGUGACUUGCACUGAAACAUUUUCUGUACAGUUUUGUGGUGUUUCCAAGUCACAAGACACAUCAAAGAAGAAUUCCAUUAAAUUGCAGUUGCCAGUCUAAGCAAUAAUUAAUCAAAUUUGUAUGAAGAUUUAAGACUUCUAAUAAGUACAUUUGAUAUAUUUUAGGAUUUCCAGGUGUAAUUGGCUGCAUAGAUGGCACUUAAAUUCCUAUCACAGCUCCAUCAGUAAAUGAAGGAGAUUAUAUGAAUAGGAAGUGUUGGGAUGAUGUCGUCACGAUGGCCGGAAAGAUGGACGACAUUUUAAAAGGGUUGACUUGGUUUAUUAGAGUGAGCUCGGAUCAUUCAAACCAGUCCAGGAAAAGUGGUCACAUGAGUGAGGCCAUGAGUUACAGAAGGCCUUAUAUACAAUGGAGUACACUAGUUCAAAUAUAUGGAAUUCCAUGGAAUAUGUCCUCACUGUGCACAGCAUGUGGUCAGCAUAUUAGUAUUCUUGAAAGGUCAUACCUGACAGAACUCAUCAGUGUGUUGCCCAAUACUCUCUACUCUCUGGCUCCUGCCUGUCUCUAGCAAGAGGCCCUGACCAGUAAAUGUAGCACCUAAAUAGUAGCAUUAUCAUUCCAAAUUAAAGACACUUCACAAUA